UUUUAUUUUAUUCCUGAACCUGCAUUACGAAGUUCUACAGUGGCUCAACUGAGCUGAUCUGGACUCUGGUGGGAAGUACUGAAGCUUCUAUUGAAUCUGGUAAAUAACAGAGUCCAGAGACAGACGCUAUUGCAAAAGACAGGCACAGAGUCUGAUACUCAGUCUGCACUUAACAGUAAACAACCCAGCAGCAGAAGUUCUGAAGCACUGCAAACGGUUUUGUGAAGCUUACUUUGUGAGAACUCUGCUUCCAAUUCAGUUCUAAUGGAAAACACAAUGAAUUCAACUUCAGAUAAUGAUUAUAAUUAUGACAAUUAUUAUCCAGACUAUUAUUCUGUAGCCAGCCCUGAUGAGGACGUAUAUCUUGGAUACUGCAGGGAAGCAGCAUGUAUAAUUACAGUGAUCUUUAAUGUGAUCAUAUUCCUUCUUGGCAUCAUUGGAAAUGGCGCGGUGAUCUGGAUUACUGGUUUUAAGAUGAAGAAGUCAGUGAACACCACCUGGUACCUGAGUCUGGCUCUGUCUGACUUCAUUUUCUGCGCUACUCUCCCUUUCACCAUUGACUACAUGUUGAAGGGGAGCUGGAUCUUUGGGCUCUUCAUGUGCAAGUUCAACUCUUUUGUUAUGACUCUCAAUAUGUACAGCAGCAUUUUCAUCCUGGUCAUCAUUAGUGUGGAUCGCUGCAUCACUGUCAAGUUUCCCGUCUGGGCCCAGAAUCAGCGCACCGUACUGAAAGCUUCUGUAGUUGUUUUGUUAGUUUGGUUCGUGUCUUCAUUGCUUAGCAUUCCACCUGCCAAAUUCAGAGAUAUUACAAAUCAUGGAUCAAAAGACAUAUGCUAUAGCAACUAUGAGCAUCACCACAAAAUUGUUGUAUUCAUGCGCUUUAUUUUGGGGUUUUUGAUUCCAUUCCUGACCAUCUUCAUCUGUUACUCCAUCCUGAUCCGUAAACUUGGAGCAAAACAAAUGUCCAAAUUCACCAAACCCUUCAAGAUCAUGACGUUACUGAUCACAGCUUUUUUCAUCUGUUGGUUGCCAUUUCAAGUAGUUUCCAUUUUAGAGUUGAACCGAACCGAGCGCAGCUUUGCCUUUCACACAGCCCAACAAGUAUCCGGCAGUCUCGCCUGUGCAAACAGCUUUCUAAACCCGUUCAUCUAUGCAUUCAUGGCCAAGAACUUAAAGAAGAAAUGCUAUUCCUUUCUUUCCAAGAUUGAGAGCGCCUUUGAUGAGGAGAACUGAAGUACUUUCAGAGCAACUUCAAUCACCAAUUAUAUACUAUAAAACUACAACUAUAGAGGAUUCUGGCCCAUAGAAACGAUUUGGCAUUAACAAGAAGUGCAGUUGUUUUGUCAGUUGCAUGUUUGAGCUUGGAAAAUUUUAAUUAGCAGUUAAAAAAAUAAAUAAAGGUUCAAUAUAAGCUCCUUUACAAGUCAUAGGGCCCUAUCUUGCACCCAGCGCAAUUGACUUUGUACACCGACGCAUGUGUCAUUCCUAUUUUGCACCCGCGCAAAGCGCUCUUUUCCCUCCACAGAAGCACGUCGCUAAACUAGUGAAUGA